AUGCAUCUCCCCGGGGUUAAGCCCCUGUUCCUGGUCGGCUACAGUCUUCUGAGAGCUACACUCACCACCACCACCACCACCACAUAUCCUCAACAGCUGCCAUUCCUACCACCCUCAACAACCCACUUCCGAUCCGACUCCCACCUCAAAAACAAGCCUCUCAAGGUGGCGAUCAUCGGGGGUGGACCAGCUGGAACGUCGGCUGGAUUCUUCCUAUCUCAGUUUGCCAACGCGUCUGGAAACCCGGUGGAAAUUGAGAUCUUUGAACGAUCAGAUUAUCUUGGUGGACGGAGCAACAUCAUCUAUCCGUUUGACUCCUCAGACUACCCCUCCGUCGAAGCCGGCGCCAGCAUCUUCGUCUCCGCCAACAAACACCUCCACCAAGCCGUCCGACAAUUCAACCUGAGCCUCGAAACCUUCCACACCGACGGAUCCAGCGAGAACUACGCGAUCUGGGAUGGCACCGAGUUCGCAUUCGAAAGCAGUCGCUCUUCCUGGUGGGACACCAUCAAAUUAUUCUGGCGCUAUGGACGGGCUCCCUUGCAGCUCAAUGCACUCUCCAAACGGAACCUCGAUCAAUUCCAAGCAAUCUACUCCAAGGACUUUGUCGCUCUAGGUCCGUUUGAAGAACUCCAGCAAUGGGCCCUCGCCACUGGAUUCGACCAUCUACUCUCGACCACCGGGAGUGAUUACUUGAUCAACGAGGAAGGCAUCAAUGUCCAAGCCGUCAAUGAGCUCGUCGCGAUCAUGGCUCGGACGAACUACGGACAAGAUAUCUGUGUGAUCCACGGAUUGGGGGCGAUGGUCAGCAUGGCCGGGAGCGACGGGAGAAGCGUCCAAGGCGGCAACCGGCAGAUCUUCCAACAGUUCGCCAAACAGAGUCGCGCCAAGCUCAAUUUCAAUCACCAAAUCACCGCGAUCAGCGAGUUAGAACUCAGCUCGCGGAGGACGACGGGCGAUUCGGAGCCAUUCGAUGCCGUCAUCCUCGCCGCACCCUACGACCAAGCCGCGGUGACCGUCCUGACCUCUGAGGCCCCAGUCCAAGUGCCCCACCAACCCUUCGUCCAUCUCCACGUCUCCUUCGUCGUCACCAAUGCGACCGCGCCCUCCGGCGAACUCUUCGAUAGACCCCCCGAUCAGUUCAUGGCUAGAUCCAUCUACUCUACCAUGAUGCGGAACGUCAUCGGUAAGGGCAAAAGACCGCUCUUCAAUAGUCUUAAUUACUUGAAAAAUCUCGGGCCUAAGGAGGGAGUAAUUGGGGACAUGUACAUCGUCAAAAUCUUUUCUGAGGCUCCACUCCCCACAAAUACACUCGCCAAACUCUUCGGAUCGGUGCAGAAUUUGCUAUGGAUCAAGCGGAUCAAAUGGGAUGCGUAUCCGAUCCUGGCGCCGCUCGUCCCUCCCUCAAAAUAUCCUCCCACCAAGCUUGGCGACAAAUUAUACUAUGUCAAUGGGUUCGAAAACUUGAUCAGUACCAUGGAAACUCAAACUCUGGCGUCUUGGAACAUCGCUAUGAGCUUAUCCAAAGAUGUCUGGAACUACGUGCCUCAGAAAAGCUGGGCCCAUUGA